UAAUCAAAGGUAAUGGAGACGGAAAUGAUAGCCUGCAAAUCUUACUCUGUCCAGACUAACUGAUCUUUUUCGGGACCACCGAUGCACAACACCAACUCUCUGGUGUCCCCUGUCACAAAGAGCCAGACUUAGGGCGGGCCCUGUCGGCUUCCCGGACGUCACGAGACUUCCUCUGCGGGGCGUUUCGAGCAUUUAGUCGCCUGGCAACCGCCGCUGGCUUUGGAGGAGCCUGGCACAAGGACACUGACCAAACCAGUUACAGACCCGACUGGACAGAGCGUCCUGUAGCUUUCAAGUUCAAACAGUGAAGCCUCUGUGAAUACAACAGCAAUAGACUCAUAAUGAUGACUGCAACAAAUAUUCUGACCUAUGUCAGACACUCCAGAACAUUUACCGACAUGGACAACUUUUUUUUUUAAAGAUUUAUUUAUUGAUUAUAUUUUUUAGAAAGUGGAAGUGAUACUAAGCCUGCUUGUGGACAUGCUGUCAAAGUGGAGUUUUCGCUGAGAGUUUGACUUAUGCAGAAACCAUGGUUCGACUGACGGUGGAUUUAAUUGCCAAAACCAGCAAUCUUAAACCCAGAAAAGAAGAAACCCUUGCACAAUGCCUGAAGAAAAUAACACACAUAAAUUUUUCAGACAGAAAUAUAGAUUCGAUUGACGACCUCUCUCUUUGCAAAAACCUGAGUGUUUUAUAUUUAUAUGAUAAUCGCAUUAGUCAAGUCACUAACCUGAAUUACACCACAAAUCUGACCCACUUGUACCUACAGAACAAUUGCAUUUCCUGCAUUGAAAACCUCAGUUCACUAAAGAAAUUGGAAAAACUGUAUCUGGGAGGCAAUUACAUUGCGGUCGUAGAAGGCUUGGAAGGAUUAGAAGAGCUGAGAGAGCUUCAUGUUGAAAGUCAGAGGCUCCCUCUGGGAGAAAAGCUCCUGUUUGACCCAAGGACCCUUCGUUCUCUAGCUAAAUCCCUUUCUAUUUUGAAUAUCAGCAACAAUAACAUUGAUGACAUAAAAGAUUUAGAGAUGCUGGAGAAUCUUAAUCACCUGAUUGCAGUUGACAACCAGCUGAUGCACGUGAAGGACUUGGAGCUUUUACUGAAAAAACUGAUGAAGCUAUGGAAAAUGGAUCUAAAUGGAAAUCCUGUUUGUCUUAAACCAAAGUACAGGGACAAACUGAUACUGAUGUCCAAGUCACUGGAAUUUCUUGAUGGAAAAGAAAUAAAAGAUCUGGAAAGACAAUUCCUAAUGAAUUGGAAAGCAUCCAAAGAUGCUAAGAAAAUCAGCAAGAAAAAGAGGAGCAGAAGUGAGGAUGCAAGCAACUCCUACAUGAGUAACUUUGAAACAAUACAUCACAUAGUUCCUGUUUAUUACCCACAGGUGGGUAAGCCAAAAGUAGUCUUUUUCUCUGAUGUACAGAGAUAUCUUGUACGUGGAAAUGCAUCUUCAAAAUGUCCCAAAGAAGAUAAAACUACAAUUACUGAAGACAUAAGGAAUCUGUCCUUGAAGGAAUCUGAAAGCUUGCUGACAAAAAAAGAUAUCCAUGAACCUCAACUUCUCCAAAACCCAAAAGUAAAGAAAAAUCUGUCUGAGAAAAAGGAGUAAAUUCGGCCUCGAGUGAUUUGAUUUCUUCAUAGAACUAGGCAACAGCAUGUUUUGAGAGUUUGUAGACUUCAUUUAUCUUGGUGUGUAAGUUGUUUGAUUUGUUUCUUUAUAGAAUCUGAGACUUUGCUUUACGUGUGUGAAUUCUGGGAUCUAUUUACUUUAUUAGCUGUUAAAUAAAAUUUACCAGGAAAUAAAAUGUGGUUUCUUAUUCAA